CCAAGGCUCCUCUGCUCUUUGGGCGCCUCGCCAGGCUCUCCACACCCCUGGUGGCCACAGAAAGGCUCCUGCCCUGAGUUCUCACCGACGCUGCCACCCGGGCUCCUGACGCCAUGCAGGCCAUCAAGUGUGUGGUGGUGGGAGAUGGAGCCGUGGGCAAGACCUGCCUCCUCAUCAGCUACACCACCAACGCCUUCCCAGGAGAGUACAUCCCCACCGUGUUUGACAACUAUUCUGCCAACGUGAUGGUGGACAGCAAGCCGGUGAACUUGGGCCUGUGGGACACCGCGGGCCAGGAGGACUACGACCGCCUGCGGCCGCUCUCCUACCCACAGACGGAUGUCUUCCUCAUCUGCUUCUCCCUCGUUAGCCCAGCCUCCUAUGAGAAUGUCCGUGCCAAGUGGUUCCCUGAGGUGCGGCACCACUGCCCCAGCACGCCCAUCAUCUUGGUGGGCACCAAGCUGGACCUGCGGGAUGACAAGGACACCAUUGAGAAGCUGAAGGAGAAGAAGCUGAUGCCUGUGAGCUACCCACAGGGGCUGGCACUGGCCAAGGAGAUUGACUCUGUGAAAUACCUGGAGUGUUCUGCCCUCACCCAGCGAGGCCUGAAAACUGUCUUCGACGAGGCGAUCCGGGCUGUCCUGUGCCCCCAGCCCACGCGGCAGCCGAAGAAAGGUUGCAGCAUCCUCUAGGGUGGCACCCAGUCCUCACAGCCAGAUGGUUCUGCUCCAGGCCUUCCACCCAAUACCCGCUGGUACCCCGCUGUCAUGCUGCCCUUCCCCGUGGUAUUUCCUAGCAGAUGACUGCAGAGCUUGGCUGCUCAUCUUCGCUGUGCUGGAGCCCCCAGGGGCCAAAGGCUGUGGAUCUGUAGGCGCAGUGCCUCGAUUUCUUCAUGCCCCUGCUUUCCCUGGGGGUCAGAGUGGAGGUCCAGGAGCCAGUGAGCCACCCCUCUGUUAUUGUGGUCCGUGCCAGCUGGUGCAGAAGGCAGCAUUAUCAAGCUGCGUUUUCCAGCUGCAUCUUCCAGCAUCUUCCAACUCUACUAAAUUCCUGAUUCCCCCGGAACUUUGGUUCACAUGUCACUGGUGAACGAAGAUAUAUAUUCCUUCAGACUCAGGUCUGUCAGUGCCUCAUGAGAGUUACGAGAGAGUAUCAGAUCAGUAGCACAGUGUGAAGCCCUUCUACUGAAAUAAAAAAUGAGUAAAUGAGA